ACUAAAUCUUCUCCGCUUAACUAAUCCACUGCUGCUUCGAUGGGCUCCGAAUCUCAUCAAAUUCAGAUCUUAAAGAUCUGCAGCUACUCUGUUUUUCCAAUGACUCUCACAACAGCCAUAGAACUCGGCUUGUUUAAGCUUCUCUCCGACGCCGGACCCGGAGCUCAGCUUUCUGCUGAAGAGCUCGCCGCAAAGCUGAUUCAUGAUUCCGCAAACGAAUAUACUGCUUCUAAGCUUGAGAGGAUUCUUCGUCUUCUUGCUAGCCACUCUGUGUUAUCCUGGUCGACGGUGACCGACGGCCAUGGCCGCGCUGUCCGUCGCUACGGCGCUUCUCCUGCCUGCAAGUAUUUGGUCCCUGAUGAGGCUGGAGUUUCUUUGGCUUCGCUAAGUCUUAUGAGUACUGAUUGGGUCACCAUGCAGAGCUGGUACCAUUUAAAGGAUGCAAUAUUGCAUGGAGGGGUGGCCUUCAAUAGAGCUCAUGAUGGAUUGAAUGAGUUUGAGUACCAUGCUAAGGAUCCAAGAUUUAGUAAGGUUUUCAAUGAUGGGAUGAGAAGCCAUUCUAUAACUAUUAUGAAGAAUAUUUUGGAAGUUUAUAAGGGAUUUGAGGAUAUUAAUGUGCUUGUGGAUGUGUGUGGAGGGACUGGAGGGACUUUGAGUAUGAUUACUACAAAGCAUAAGCAUAUUAAAGGGAUUAAUUUUGAUCUUCCUCAUGUUAUUGCUCAAGCGCCUGCUUUGCCUGGAGUGGAGCAUGUUGGUGGGGAUGUGUUUGAAAGCAUCCCCAGUGGAGACGCCUUAUUGUUGAAGUGGGUUCUUCAUGAUUGGAACGACGAAGACUGCCUAAAAAUUCUAAGCAACUGUUGGAAAGCGAUUCCAAACAGAGGGAAGGUGAUAGUCGUGGAUUCCAUUCUUCCAGAAACUCUGGAUUCAACAGAUUUGACGCACUGCGUCUUACACACAGACGUAAUAAUGCUUCUGGAGAGUCCAAGUGGGAAGGAGAGAACCGAGAAGGAGUUCUGGGCGUUGGCCAAACAAUCUGGUUUUUCUGAUUUCAGUAUUCUCUGCAACUUCUCCAAUGCUUGGAUAAUGGAGUUCUUCAAAUAGUUCUGUACUGCUUAUUUAUUCCUUCUAUAUUGUCAUGCAUUGAGUC